GCUUAUAUCAUUUCAUUGCCGGUCCCAAGCCCGGAUAAAGGAGGAGGGGAAAGGAGAUUAGUCGGGAAGGGAUUCAAGUAAUUGUGGUUAAUGUUGGACCAUCCUCACUAUUGUCACACAUAUAAGAGAGUAAGAAGAAUUGUAUGCAGAAACCUAAGGCUAUUGGGGUGUCAAUCUAGUCCAAGUGUAAAAAACUGCAUUAGGGCUAAGAAAGAGAAUUUAACAUCAGAUGUGGAGAUCCAGUCUUUGGUUUCUGAUGGAGGAGCUUCUGUAGUGAAUCAAGAUGGUAUUUUUUUAAGGAAUUGUGAGAUUCUACUGUUCUUAUUUCCAGCUCUUAGUGGUUUAAUUUUUGGGUAUGAUAUUGGUGCCAUUUCAGGAGUUGCUAUCUCUUUGCAGUCACCAAAGCUUAGUGGGACAACAUGGUUCAAUCUAUCUUCCAGAAAGCUUGAUCUUGUGGUAACGGGUCCUUUCUAUGGAUCUCUUAUGAGUUCCGUCCUCGUCUACCCCAUUGUAGAUUUUCAAGGAAGGAGACGUGAACUUAUUAUAGCAUCUGUGCUAUAUACGCUUUGGUGGUUUAACCACUGGCUUGGCGCCAACCCUUAAUGUUCUCUUAUUAGGGAGGCUACUCUAUGGUUUUGGAAUAGGUUUGGUCAUACAUGGAGCUCCGCUAUAUAUUGCUGAGACUUGCCCCUCUCAUAGAUGUGGAACUCUUAUACUUAUGAAGGAACUCAUGAUAGUGCUUGGGAUACUGGAUUAUACACCUUAGUUGGAUUAUUGGAGUCCAAUUUUCCUAUAUCUAUCAAUCCAUCAUUGUAGUACUUUACGAUGGAGUAGACACCUUAGUUGAAAGCAAAUGUACUUCUGAAGUUAACAUUCAAUGUGCGGUGUUGAGUUUCAGUUUUUUUCUUUAGCAUAUGUUUGUAAUUUUGUUUCUGUUGAUAUCCAUGAUCUGGAUAAUUUAUGAAAUGCGAAGAACGAAUUGAAAAUACUAAUGAUCUCUUUGAUAGGUUUCUUGGGGAGUUUCCCAGAAGAGCCUGCUCUGGUUCAAUAACA